AUGUCAUUUCAGCUCGAGCUCCACCUUGCACUUGCUAUUCACUUGCAGCAGGUUGCCACCAGCGCAAACUACGAUAGGAUUCGUGAUACUACCGUGGCCGCACUGGGACUUAUCCAGCAGCGAUUUGAGCGUGGGGACUAUGACCUCCCCAGGGCAACUAGAACCUUCGAGCGACAGCUCACUCUAGCAAUUCUCAUGGAGCAAGACACCAGGAACCUCGGCCUCAAUGCGCUGAUUACACGUACGACGACAGCUUGGGGUCGCAUCUCGAGUCGCAUCCAGCGGGGCCUUACCCCCUUUCCUGAGCCUUACCAUAUCAUUGCCAACGACAGAGAUGAAGGCGUCUCAGUCGAAGAGCGUCUUCGCAGAAUGGGACUCGAUCCAAACAGCUUCGACCUUACUGGCAUCCGCCCUGGCGCCACACACCGCUCUGACAACAGCAACAACGUUGGACCGGCCCAGCCUCAGACUGACAUGAGUUCCACCAUCGGCACCGGAGAAAUCAUCUCCAAUCAAGCUGCCGUACUUGCUGUCACUGUUGCUGCUUCUGCGCUCGCAAUUAUCCAGACUGGCAAAGCUGCUUUGACUGGAAAGCCUCGGGACCGAAAGCGCGGCAAGGAUUUGUACGGGUGCGACGUCUGUAAUCAGACGAAAAGAUACACCUCUGCGUGCACUCUCUACAGACACAAGAAGAGUAAGCACGGCAUCCCCACACCUGGGGAUCUGCGGAAGGAGAGGAAGCUGGCUGCAGAGGCGGCACUUGCAGCUCAGAAUGACGUUGAGUAUGCUGAUGGUGACGGCGAGGAUGAAGACGCAGAGUCGGUUGAUGAGACUAUGAAUGAGGAUACUGGAGACGAGGGGGAAUUGGAGUGA